AUGGCGCCAAUCAUCUGCGAAGUCCACGACUCCAAUGGAAAUGGAGUCCAGGAGAUGGAAGUCUGUCUUCAAUGUUUUGUUAUACCCGGCACGCCUGACGUAGAAUAUGUUUCCUACACCAAUGAAGAUGGUGGUAUCGACAGGUGGUUUCGCAAGGACGAAGAUGGUGCGCCGAAACCAGUGGAGGCUCUUGACUACACCCACUUCCGCAUUACCUUUCGGACAAAAUCAAUUUUCGAAACCGGCGCGCUUCCCUGGCUUGAUGUGUGUACUGAUCUAUAUCUCAUUGGCAAGGUGCAGCAUAAUAUCGCCCUGCAGUUCGGACCUGAUAAUCUCGCCUAUCAACUUAAGCACACGUCGCGGCCACUUUUCAGCUGGGUGAGGGACUGUGAGGUGGAUUGGGCCGGAAGGAGAAUUCAGCCUCACUCAGAAGAUAAUAUAGUAGAAAAUCAUGUUUCUGGUUCGAGCUCUGGCAAUACAAAGCAACUCUCACCGGAUUAUCCAGACCUUGAUUCAUGUUCGGAGGGAGAUUUGGACGACGAUGAAGACAGUGACUAUAUCGAGAGUCAAAGCUUGCUGGAGGAAGACAGAUCUUUUAGCAAGAGAAAGGCUUCAUUUGAUGAAGGGGAUAUGCCACCAGGAAAGAGAGUUCGGUUUAAUUGA